GGUGCGGGUGCGUGGGUUUUUUGUUUGGUCGCAUUUUUGGGGCAAAAAUUCAUCUGCGGCCAAAAAACAAGUGAAAAAUCAAACCCUAGGCGUGCGAAAAGUGGAACAAGCUGUAGGGGGGAAGCAGUGCAUCGUGCGUGAAAAGAAAGAAGCCCGAGUGAAUCAAGAACGGCAGCAGCAGCAGCAGUGCAGAGCAGGCCGAGAGAAAGGGGCAGCAGCAAGAUGGCGGUCGCCCACUAAGAAGAAGGAACCGCGCGGUGGCCGAAGAGAAGAGAGGUCAAGAGACGGGGAGAACUGUCUCCCCUCGCCACCCCCUUCGAUUCGGAAGGAGCAUGAUCCAUGGGGGUGUAAGUGGGUGGGAAAUUCUUUUGGCCAAAAACGUGAAACAAAUCAAACAGGACGAGAAGGACAUUGUGUGAUUUGCGCAGAUUGCAGAUCGAUUGCGGUGAAAAAUCGCGGGUGGAAAAUCGGUGACCGUGUGGUGUGGUUCGAAGGAAACAAGAACCGUGAUCCAAAAACCCGUGUGCCUCGUCGGUGUGCCAGAAGGGGGGGAAAGGGAAGCGGAGUGGAGUAUGGAACUGUGCGUGUCGUAAUGGAUGCGACGAGCGGUGUCGGUGGGUGUUGGAUAAUUAACGCUAGAACACAACAACACGACGGCGGCGGCGGCAACGGCUGGUGCUCCAGCUGCGGCCACUCGACGACAACGACGACGCUGGUAUACGGCGACGGCGGAUUGCUGCAGCCACGGCGACGACGACGACGGUGGCAGCAGUGCAACGCAAGCAGCGGCACUUCUUCUUCUUCUUCUCCGUGUGGUCCCGGAGCUGCAUUUACGGAAGGAACGGCAAAAUUUAUCCUGCGAGCGAGAUAAAGGAAAAGCCAAGAACCAAUAACCAAGGCGCGCGCGUGCUAGAAAGAGAAACGGCAGCGAGAGGAAGAGGAGAGAAUUGGCCCCCUUCUUCUUCUUCUGCUGCUGCACGGCGACCACAACGACAACGACGGAGGUGGUGGUGGUUGCUUUUAUUAGGCGGCUUCUGGAACGGACGAGGCGCGGUGGUAACCGAAUCAUCAUCGCCAGACCAGACCAGACCAGAGGGUCCUUCAGACAGUGAAAGAGAGGGAGAGAGAGAGCGAUAGGGGGGAGAGUGAGCGAGUGAGAAAAAGAGACAGAGUGGAGACGACGCGUCUAGUGUGCAGUUUGUGCAGUUUGUGCAUCCCCCCUGUGCGGUAUCACUCUCAAUCCUCCCACCCCCGUGUGAAUCCGUGUGUUGGUCUGCUGUCCUGCGAGCGGACAGCGGCAACAGCAGCAGCAGCAGCACGGGGCACCAUAACAGUAGUAGGCAGCAUCGGCAGGAGCAGUCGCAGCAACCGUUGCCUCGAUCUCGAUGAACACGAUGAGCAGCAGCAUGCACCUGCUACUACGGCUCAUACUGCUCCGGUUGGUCAGCGGUAUGCUGCCGCCGCUGGAUGCUGUGCUGAAGGCAAAACAAUCGCAAUCGACGGCGUCAGCCGCGACGGUCGUGACGGCUUCCGAUGCACUCCACCAUCACACCCGCCACAGCCCCCUAGAUGACAUCGUUGCCCGAUACCGACUGUCGGUGAACGGUUCGACGGCAUCAUCCUCCCAUCGUUUCACGCACCUUACGUACGAUCCGAGUAGACGUAUGUUCUAUGCCGGUGCCACGAACCGGAUACUGCAGCUGAACGAAAACCUAACGCUACUGCGUGAGGCCGUGACGGGCCCUAAGCUGGAUUCCGCCCAGUGCCAUGCGGCCGGUUGCCCGCAGGACGAAGCGCUCGAGGGUGUGCAGGAGACGGACAAUCACAACAAGGUGCUGCUGUACAACCGGGACGGUGAUACGCUGAUUGCCUGUGGCAGUGUGCAUCAGGGUGCGUGCGAGAUUUACUAUCUGAGCGGUCGGUUCCCGGAAUCGGUCAAACCGAUCGAGGUGGCACUAGCCGCGAACGAUGAGCACUCGUCGACGUACGCGUUUAUCGGACCGAGCCGGUAUCAAUCGUGGAAGCGCGAAGAUAUCAUGUACGUCGGUACAACGUUCACCAACGUUGGGGACUAUCGGCACGAUGUACCGGCCAUCUCGUCCCGGAGGUUGGACGAUCUGACCUACGCCGAGUUUUCGAUCCAGCAGUCCAACAUCAACAUCGACGUGAAGUACCGGGAUCACUUUCUGGUGAACUAUGUGUACGGUUUCAAUAGCAGCGAGUACGCGUACUUUGUGCUGGUCCAGAAGAAAUCGCAUCUGGCCGAUGAGGCCGGUUUCGUGACGCGGUUAGCGAGGAUCUGCGUGAAUGAUCCCAACUACGAUAGCUACACGGAGGUAACCAUCACCUGUAUGGCGAACGGGACGGAUUACAACAUUCUGCGGGAUGCGAAACUGGCCCAGGCCGGCCAGAAGCUGAGCGCUGACAUGGGCAUCAAGCGUGACGACUAUCUGCUGGUGGCCGUAUUCUCGCCGGCGAAGGAAAUAACGGACGAACCGCAGAACCGGUCCGCGAUUUGCAUGUACAGCCUGAAGGAUAUCGAGGAGGUGUUCAACGAAAACAUACACUCAUGCUUCAACGGUACGAUCAAGGAUCGCAAUCUGGGUUACAUUUCGGGUACGAUCAACGAUGGCAAGUGUCCGGUGGCCGGUUCGCUUGGCAACAUCUUUAGCUUUUGUCACGUUGGGCUGAAGAUCAGUGGCGUAACGCCGGUGAUCGCUUCGGCAAAGUUUGGGUUCGGAGAAGGGGUCGCCCUAACGUCGAUCGCCGUCACUAACAUUGGUCCGCACACGCUCGCUUUCGUUGGUAGUAACGAUGGGUGGAUACGGAAGGUGUUGUUGUCAGGGCGUGAGGCGGGCGAGUAUGAGCGUUUACCGGUCGAUGGGGACGGUAUGGCCAUCCUGCCCGAUACCAUGUUUUCCCCAACUAACGAUCAUCUUUACGUGUUAUCGGAACGAAAUGUGAUCAAAAUGAAGGUGGAACACUGCGGCACGUUCGGUAACUGUUCCGCGUGUCUCGAGUCGCGCGAUCCGUACUGCGGUUGGUGUUCACUGGAGAAACGCUGCACCGUACGGACGGCCUGCCAGAAAGAUACUAGUGCCGCCCGUUGGCUCUCGAUCGGUACCGGUCAGCAGUGUAUCGAUUUCGAGAUGGUCGCCCCGGACCGGUUACCGAUCGGACAGAUGUCGGUCGUUCGGUUGGUGAUCAAAACGUUACCGGAACUGCCGCACAACGCGCAGUAUCGGUGCGUUUUCGGUAACGCAACACCGAUCGAUGCAAACGUGACGAAGGAGGGCCUCCUAUGUCCGUCGCCUCCCGUAAACGAGCGUCCUACGAUCGGUGAAGGACAGGAUCACGUGCUGGUACCACUCAGUGUGCGCAGCUCGGAGACGAACAAAGAUUUUGUCUCCCGUAGCUUCGCUUUCUACGAUUGUACCCGCCACGACACGUGCCGAAAGUGUUUGGUUAGCAACUGGGGUUGCCACUGGUGCAUCUACGAUAACCGGUGUGCGUUCAACACGAGCUCCUGUCGCAAUUCGGCCAACAUUGUGCAGAGCGAAGGUGCGUGUCCACGGUUACGGCAACGAUCCGGUCCGAUCCUACUACCGAACAAGGUACCGAAAGAGAUUCGGUUGGAAAUCGAGAAUCUACCACGACCACAGAGUGCCCACACGGGAUUCCUCUGUACGGUGAACAUCGAGGGUGCUCACAUGGUACUGCCGGCCCGAGUCGAAGCGAACAAGUACAUCGUUUGCGAGAAGACACUGUAUUCCUACGAGGCGGCCACCAACGAGUACGAGGCAACGGUGGAUGUGAACUGGAACCGGAACCACUACAUCGACACGGUCACGGUGGUGCUGUACAAGUGUGAAAUUCUGGGCUCGCAUCGCGAUCAUGCCGAUUGUAGUUUAUGUGUGACGCGCGAUCCCAAGUACCAGUGCACCUGGUGCGGUCAGCAGUGCAGCUUCAACGAGACGUGUAGCGAUGUUGGCAGCGGCGGAAUGGUACAAGGCCGUGGCCGAGGAAGCCUUGGUCUAGCAGGGGCUGGUAGUAGUGGUGGUGAAGAGAGCGGUUGUCCGAGACCAAGGAUCGAUCUGAUUAAACCACUGAGUGGCCCGAUCGAGGGUGGUACGCUGGUAACGAUCGAAGGCAGUAACCUGGGCAUCCGGGAAGAGGAUGUCCGUGGUCGGAUACACAUCGGAGAGGUACCGUGCGAGCUGGAACGCUAUGAAAUUUCCGUUCGCAUCGAGUGUCGCACGGGUGCGGUCGGUACGGAAAUGUCAGCACCGGUAAAGGUUGGAAAUGAGGCCGGCUAUACGAUGUCCAGCGUCGAGUUUCGGUAUCGCGAUGUGCGGCUCGAGGGUCUCAGUCCUACGAUGGGCCCCCAAUCGGGUGGUACCAAGUUGGCGAUCAUCGGUCGUCAUCUGAAUGUCGGUACGUCGGCCGUUGCCUAUCUGGAUGAUUACGAGUGUCGGAUCAAUCGAACGCAGGCCUCCUCAAGUCGGCUUACGUGCGUCACUUCAGCGGCUCGCUCGCCGGAACACAUUCGCAUACUAACGUUGCGCAUCGAUGGAGCAAAUCGAACGCUAGCCUGCAGUACCGGUAACACGAUCGAGGGACAACAGCAACAACAACGGCAGCGAGCGUACGGCGGGGGCGGUGGGGGCGGUGUGUCGAGUUCUGCAGCCGCUGGUACCUAUCACAGCCGGUACGAGACGUGCAGCGUGUACAACUACACCGUCGAUCCGAAGAUUAUGCAGAUAAAGCCCCUGAAAAGCUUCCUGAGCGGUGGCCGCAUGAUGACGGUACACGGAACCAACCUGGACGCGAUCCAGAUGCCCGAGAUCGAGGUGUAUCUCAACGAUGAGCGCCUCAAUCGGUCCACCUGUGUCGUGCUCAACUCGAACCAGAUGGAGUGUCCCUCACCGUCCGUUCGUGAAGCGUGGUCAGCGGUACAGCAGCAACAGUUGCUGCUUCGUAACUUCUCCGCGGCCACCAGU